AUGGCUUCUCCAAUCACCACAACGAUAUUGGCUCUAUCACUUUCACUGACACUAACCCUCCUCACAUUGGUCAACGCUGAAGCCGCCGGGGGCUUCACCGUUGACCUAGUCCACCGCGACUCCUCCAGCUCACCAUUCUACGACCCCCUCGAAACGCCAGCUCAGCGCAUUCGAAACUCUCUCAAGCGAUCCUUCAGUCGCGCCCAAAGAUUCAGCGCCGCGAUGGCGGCCGCGUCAUCUCCAACAACCACUUCCCGUCGUCGCCGCCGUGGCGGCGCCGACUCUCCGUUGGCCGCCAGCGACGGGGAGUACCUCAUGAACAUCUCCCUCGGCACGCCGCCGUUUCCAAUCGUCGCGAUCGCCGACACGGGCAGCGACCUCAUAUGGACGCAGUGCAAGCCUUGCACCAACUGCUACAAACAAAACGCCGCCGUUUUCUCCCCGAACUCCUCGAGCACGUACAAAACGGUGCCGUGCCAGUCCAGCGCGUGUGAUUCACUCCAGAGCGAAGUAGGAAGCUACUGCUCAUCAAACGACGGCGUUUGUCAGUACGAAGCGAGCUACGGGGACCAGUCGCACACCAAGGGAGACAUAGCCGUCGAAACUCUCACGCUGGGGUCAACGGCCGGUCCCCGCCGCCACGUGGCAUUUCCGAAGAUGGUGAUUGGUUGCGGGCAUGACAAUGCGGGGACGUUUAGUCCGAAGGGUUCAGGUAUCGUUGGACUCGGAGGCGGGUCGGUUUCCCUCGUGACCCAACUCGGGCCGCAUAUCGGCGGAAAAUUCUCCUACUGCCUCGUACCGUCUUCCGCAGCAGCCGAGGCGACCAGUACGCUCAGUUUCGGGCAAAGCGCUGUCGUUUCAGGGAACGGUGUCGCUACCACGCCGUUGAUUCCUGAUCCGUCCCAGCCGACUUUCUACGUCGUUCAGCUCGAAGCGGUCAGCGUGGGGAGCAAGAAGAUUCCCUUCCACGGCUCCACCGUCGGCGAGACAUCCAGCGGGAACAUCAUCGUUGACUCCGGCACCACGUUGACCCUCGUCCCGACCGAUUUCUUCACGCAGCUAUCGAGCGCCGUGGAGAGCCAAGUCACCGGCAGCAACAAGACGACCGACCCGCAAGGGUAUUUGAGCCUGUGCUACGUGUCCGGGCCGAAACUCAAGGUGCCGUCGAUCACGGCGCAUUUCAAGGGAGCUGACGUGGCGCUGACCGUGGAGAAUGUUUUCAUUAAGGUCAGCGAUACGGUGGCUUGUUUGGCGUUUUAUGGUAACGACGACGUGAGCAUCUACGGGAAUGUUGCGCAGCAGAAUUUCCGGGUUGGGUAUGACCUUCAGAAGCACACUUUGUCCUUCAAGCCCACGGAUUGCACCCAGAAGUUUUUUUAG